ACUUUAUUGAACACCUGUCACUCACCGUAUGGACAAAUUUUGUCUGGAUCCAACUAAUUUUCCCUUUGAGGAUGUCCUCUUUGUUAAAAAAAUAUGUAUAGCCUAAAUGUUUUCUAUUAUUGUCAAUAAGUAGACGUGUAUGAGACCCAGGUUUGUAAAUACAUAUUUGCUUACAUUUUGUUUUGUUUUUCUUAGGCUCCAACUUCUUAUCUCCACCUUCCUGUUGGCUGCCACUUCUGAAUGGUUCAACAAAGAUACAAAAAAUGUGCUUUCAUCAAGAGCUAUAUUACUGAUAAAACAAUGACCUUUUAAUAUUCAUACACAGUUACUGCUACACAGACACAUUCAGAGGAUUAUUCAGUUUUGGUGACAAGCACUUAUUAACAUUGUUUACAGAAUGACCUUCAAUACAACUCUUCAAGUCCACCAAUACUCCAAGUCCAAAACUACAUUGGACAUUGUCUUCUAUACCAUUGUUGUUCUCUUAGGCACCACUGGGAACUCUGUGGUCAUCUGGGUUGCCGGCGUCCGUAUGAAACCUAAUAUCACUAAUGUAUGGCUGGUCAACCUCGCCGUGGCUGACCUGAUCUUCUGCUUUACACGACUGACCUCGCUUAUCAGUUUAUUCAUUCACCACUGGCCUUUUGGAGACUUUAUCUGUAAGUUUAUGAGCUUCUUCAAGUAUACCAACAUGUUCUGCAGUGUUUUUCUUCUGGCUGUCAUCAGUGUGGAUCGAGCGCUCUGCGUGUGGUGUCCAGUGAUGACCAGGAGGAAACGGACAUUAUGUGCCGCACGUGUGGUCACUUUGGUGGUUUGGAUUGUGGCGUUGAUCUUCAGUUCACCAUACUUUGUGUACCAGGGGGUUUCCCUUACCAAGUACAACCUGAGCCGCUGCUCAAUGAAGGAAAAAGAAACAGAUGGAGGGCAUUCAGCAAAGUAUGCUUACUACUACAUUCGCUUCUUUUGUGGAUUUGUGUUUCCUUUCCUGGUGAUCUUUAUCUGCUACACACUUGCUGCUGUUGGGAUUCGGAGAACGAGACUCUCCGGCAAAUCAAGGUCUCUCCGGAUUCUUGCUUUAUUAGUUUUUGCCUUUUUCUGUUGCUGGGCCCCUUAUCACAUCCUAGGUCUUGUUAAGCUGACAAAUAAAAACCACCCAGCUGUAAAAAUGGGAUGGAAUAUGGCUUCAAACUUGGCUUAUUUAAACAGCUGUGUGAACCCAAUGUUGUACUUCUGCACGGGACUGAAUCUCAGACGAUGCUGCAAUCAAAGUCUGUUAGGGAUUUUUCACAGAGCUCUUACUGAGGAAGUCCAAACUUUGUCAACGGAUGGCUCUAUGAAGGAACGUUCUGGCAGUGUUUCGAAGCCUGCUAGUACAUUUCACCAAACAUCCGUUUGACUGUGUCCUCAUGACAUCCUAGAUGUAUAUGACUACAUUUCUUUAGUUGAAAAAAAUACAAAUAAUUUUAUAUUAAAAUGUCGUCAUGUUGUCGUCUUUUAUGGCGAAGUUCCAAAAAGCACAUCCAUUCAUCAAUAAAGUUGAAAUAUUCAACUGAAGAAAGGAAGUCAUGGAAAUAAUUUAAAGGAAAACACCACAAUUUUUCAAUAUUUUACUAUGUUCUUACCUCAAAUUAGACAAAUUAAUGCAUACCUAAAUUUUUUUAAUGCGUGCACUUAAUCUUUGUAAAGCGCGUUGUGACUGUGUUAGCAUUUAGCCUAGCCCCAUUCAUUCCUUAGGAUCCAAACAGGAAUGAAUUAAGAUGCCACCAAAUACUUCCAUGUUUUCCCUAUUUAAAGACUGUUACAUACUUACACAAGUAAGUAUGGUGGCACAAAAUAAAACGUUAUGAGGUUAUGAGUUGCUCUCUUGAGAGCAUCAGUAAUACUGU